AUUCCUCUCUCUUUCUUUCCUUCUCUUUUUCUUCCCUCCUUGCCUUGAAUCCAGUCAAUGUCCAUCUCUAAUUCAGCCCUACGCAUAUCUCGCUCCCUCAUGGCCUCCCUGAACAACUAUCCUCUCCGCCAACGGCGAUUUGCCCCUCUCCUCCCCUCUUCUUCCUCUUCUUCCUCCGCACCCCCACUCCGCGGAAUCGUCUUUGACGUCGACGGCACAUUAUGUCUUCCUCAAAACCACAUGUUCUCCGAAAUGCGACAAGCCCUCAACAUCUCCCCCAAAGUCGACAUCCUGCACCACAUCAGCCGCCUCCCGACCCCCGAAUCGCGUCUCGAAGCCACAAACAAAAUCAAAGCCAUUGAGCGCACCGCCAUGGAAUCACAGCAGCCUCAACCGGGCUUAGUGGAGUUGAUGGAUUUCUUGGAGGAGAGGGGGGUCAAGAGGGCUUUGUGUACGAGGAAUUUUGAAGCACCCGUCCUCAACCUCCUCAACAACCAUCUCCCUGCACAUGUCUUCCUUCCUAUAGUGACGCGUGAAACACCGGGGUUGUUGCCCAAGCCGGAUCCAGCAGGGAUAUUGCAUAUUGCGAGGGAGUGGGGGGUGCAGGAUGAGGGGGGGAUGGCCGGGGGGUUGAUCAUGGUUGGUGAUAGUCUUGACGACAUGACGGCUGGACAUACCGCCGGUGCGGCGACAGUGCUCUUGCUCAACGACCAUAACGGACAUCUUAAAGACCACGCGCAUACGGAUCUCUGUAUCGAGAGGCUAGAUGAGUUGAUUCGCAUCUUAGACGAAGGGUUCGUGGGACAUCGCGGGGGUGAGAAGGUGCCUACGUCUACGGAUAAUGCCAUGGAGAAUGGCGUAUAGUCAUCCUGUACAUCAUGUUGGACAUCUAUAUCAUCUGUACAUACCAUAGCUCCAAACUAUGAGCUACGUCUAACACAAACAACUUUUAGAACAU